UUUCAUAGAUAUACCUGAGGCGGUUUGGAUAUCUAGAUACUCCACUGAACCCGGAAGUUCAGAAAGAUUCCAGUGAGUGGGAUAUGAAGGUGGCUGUUAGUCUCUUUCAGAGGGUGUCGGGGCUGUCAGUCACUGGACGUCUCGACAGAGCUACUCUUCUUAAAAUGAGGCAGCCGCGGUGUGGUGUUGAGGACCCCUUCAACCAGAAGUCUUUCAAGUACAGGCGAUUUGGUGGAUUUUGGCGAAAGAAAAACUUAACAUAUCGGAUUUACAGCCACACACCAGAUAUGGGGAAAAGCGCGACACAGACAGCCAUACGCUCAGCCUUUACCUACUGGAGUGAGGUCACCCCACUCAGCUUUAAAGAGGUCAGCUCUGGGCUUGCUGAUAUUAGGAUCUCAUUUCACAAGAGAGAUGGCUGUCCUUCACCUUUUGAUGGUCCUGGCCAUGUUCUUGCCCAUGCUGAAGCCCCUCCAUCAGGAAUAGUUCACUUUGAUGAAGAUGAAUUCUGGACUGAAGGGAAGUAUUAUGGUUCUAAUCUGCGCAUUGUUGCGGCUCAUGAGAUCGGCCACGCUCUUGGCUUGGGUCAUUCUCAGUACAGCGGUGCUCUUAUGGCAGCGCACUACACUGGUUACCAAGCUAAUUUUAGACUGCACAUUGAUGAUAUCAGAGGAAUCCAAGCCAUAUAUGGUAAAAAGAUCUCCAGUACAACUACUGCUGAUGAUAUCUAUGACGAAACAUAUCCCACAACCAUGGCCCCAUUCCCCAGGAGUGAUGUGCUAGAUCCAUGCAAUGCUAAACUUGAUGCUAUAAUGCUGGGUCCCUGGCGCAAGACGUAUGCGUUUAGUGGGGAUUAUGUGUGGACGGUAACAGAUAUGGGCCAUAACUCUCCAGUCAAAAUAAGUCUGCUAUGGAAGGGGCUGCCAGGAAACCUGAAUGCAGCUGUAUAUUCCCCAAGAACCAACAAGACAUACUUCUUUAAAGGUGAAAAAGUCUGGAGGUUCACAAAUUACCGCCUUGACUAUCGAUACCCCAAACCACUAAAAAGAAUCCCUGCCAACAUCGACGCUGCAUUGUAUUAUGAGAAGAACAAGAAAAUUUUCUUCUUUAAGGGAUCAGGCUAUUGGCAGUGGGAUGAGAUGGUUUAUAAUGAUCUCAGCAUUUAUCCCAAACCCAUUUCCCGUCUGUUUACUGGCAUCCCAUCAAAUCCUGAUGCAGCUUUCACAUGGACCAAUGGGAAGAUGUAUUUCUUCAAGGACGACAGGUACUGGCGCGUGAAUGAACAACUCUCUGCUGAUUCUGGAUAUCCACUCAGCAAGCGUGUUCGCUGGAUGAGAUGUAGCUAAUCUGC